CACAAUACAAAACAAAAGAAUCAACACGUAGUACUUGUAUCUUCCCUUUUUAUACGAAGAGAAGAAAAGGAGGUGGUAUACACACGCCGCGCCUCAUUUCGCAUUACACACCCCAGGCCCCAAAUCCACACACGCCAAAAGUCUAAACAGAAGAUGACGUUAGGGCUACUAGCUUCCAGAGCUCUCCGAUCUUCUCGCCCUAUCAAUUCCCCCACCACUUUCCUCCGCACAAUCAUCUCCACACCGGAGCUCCACAACAACACAUCGUCCGCCGCCGCAGUCGCCGACACUCCUCCCCCGCCACCGCCAGAUCGGACUCCCGUCGGCGGCGCUAGGGUUCACUUCGCCAAUCCCGAUGACGCUAUUGAAGUCUUCGUUGAUGGAUUUCCGGUUAAGAUACCGAAAGGAAUGACUGUGCUCCAGGCUUGUGAGGUCGCUGGAGUGGAUAUCCCUAGGUUUUGUUAUCACAAUCGCCUUUCGAUUGCUGGUAAUUGUCGCAUGUGUUUGGUUGAGGUUGAGAAGUCCCCGAAGCCGGUUGCCUCGUGCGCGAUGCCGGCUCUUCCAGGGAUGAAGAUUAAGACAGACACACCUAUAGCCAAGAAAGCAAGAGAAGGUGUAAUGGAGUUUUUGCUGAUGAACCAUCCGUUAGAUUGUCCGAUCUGUGAUCAAGGUGGAGAGUGUGAUCUCCAGGAUCAGUCAAUGGCCUUUGGCUCGGAUAGAGGCCGCUUUACUGAAGUGAAGAGAUCUGUGGUUGAUAAAAAUUUGGGUCCAUUAGUUAAGACUGUGAUGACUCGUUGCAUCCAGUGUACAAGAUGUGUCAGGUUUGCAACUGAGAUAGCUGGUGUUCAGGAUCUUGGCAUGUUGGGUCGUGGCAGCGGAGAAGAAAUUGGUACAUAUGUUGAAAAGUUGAUGACCAGUGAACUCUCAGGAAACGUUAUAGAUAUCUGUCCUGUAGGAGCUCUCACCUCGAAACCUUUUGCGUUUAAAGCUCGGAAUUGGGAGCUAAAGGGUACUGAAAGCAUUGAUGUUACAGAUGCUGUUGGUUCCAAUAUUCGAAUUGAUAGCAGAGGUCCUGAGGUCAUGCGCAUUGUGCCGCGAUUGAAUGAGGACAUAAACGAGGAGUGGAUAUCUGAUAAAACAAGAUUCUGCUAUGAUGGUUUAAAGAGGCAGCGGCUAAAUGAUCCUAUGAUUCGAGAUGCUGAUGGUCGUUUUAAGACUGUGAGUUGGCGUGAUGCUCUUGCUGUGGUUGCUGAGGCUUUCCACCAAGUUAAACCAACAGAAAUUGUUGGGGUUGCUGGUAAACUAUCAGAUGCGGAGUCCAUGAUGGCACUGAAAGAUUUGUUGAACAAAAUGGGGUCAAACAAUGUUUGGUGUGAAGGCAAUGGCCUGAAUGUCAAUGCUGAUCUGCGUUCAGGAUAUCUCCUAAAUAGUGGCAUCAGUGGCUUAGAGAAUGCAGAUCUUUUUCUAUUAGUUGGUACUCAGCCAAGAGUGGAAGCUGCGAUGGUAAAUGCAAGAAUCAGGAAAACAGUUCUAGCUACCCAAGCCAAGGUGGGGUAUGUUGGUCCCCCAGCCGAUUUAAACUAUAAUCAUGAACAUCUUGGUACAGGCCCAGAAGUAUUAACUCAAAUUGCUGAAGGUCGCCAUCCCUUCUCCUCGCUCCUAAAAAAUGCUAAAAACCCAGCUAUCGUAGUGGGUGCUGGAAUAUUUGAACGGAAGGAUAAGGAUGCGAUAUUCUCUGUUGUUGAAGCUAUUGCCAAGCAAGGGAAUGCCAUCAGACCUGACUGGAAUGGGCUCAAUAUUCUACUUUUAAAUGCUGCACAAGCUGCCGCAUUGGACCUUGGACUUGUGCCAGAAGCUGACAACAGCCUCGAAACUGCUAAAUUUGUGUACUUAAUGGGCGCUGAUGACGUGAACUUGGAGAAGCUUCCUAGCGAUGCAUUUGUUGUUUAUCAGGGGCACCAUGGUGAUCGGGGUGUGUAUCGUGCAAAUGUCAUAUUACCUGCUGCAGCAUUUAGUGAGAAGGAAGGAAUAUAUGUAAAUACAGAAGGUUAUGUUCAACAAACUCUACCAGCAGUCCCAACAGUUGGGGAUGCUAGGGAGGAUUGGAAGAUUAUCAGGGCCUUGUCCGAGGUUGCAGGGGUUCCUCUUCCCUAUGACACUGUUGGUGCUGUCCGAUCCCGAAUGAGUACCGUAGCACCACAUCUCUUGAACUUGGAUGAAAGAGAGCCUACUACAUUUACAGCUGAAGUGAAGCCCAAAUGCUCUGAAAAGAUGAGCAAGGAUCCAUUCACAAAUGUUGUGGAAAACUUCUACAUGACUGAUGCAAUUACUAGGGCAUCAAAGAUAAUGGCACAAUGCAGUGCGUUGCUCUCAAAAAAAUGAGUAAUGAUAUGUGGUGAUUUCAAUAAAGUUAGACUCGGAAGGUUUCCUGAGUGAUUCUGUAUGUUUUAUCAUAGGAAUUCCAAGCCAAGACAAGAAAAGAAGGCUCCUUUAACGGGAAAAAUGAAUUAUUGUAUAAAUUGCCAUGCAAUAUCUGAGUCUUGGUCAUAAUUGGCAACAUGAAGUUUAAGCUUUCGAUUGUAUUUUUUUGUAACGUAACAAGAACCUAGGAUGUUGUGUGAACAGCUGAGAUGAUCUUGUGUUUUCAGCUAAUUUCAGUGCUGCAUGACUUAAGUGAA